AUGUUCCCCCCAGAAAGUCGAGACCCGCGCCUCUCAGCCGUGGCCUCCCGCCUGGGCCAUCUCCCCGCCGAGAUCCGCCUCACCAUCUUUGGGCAUGCCUUCCACGGCAACCGCGUCGCCGUCACGGCGCAAUCGGGCUGCUACUGUGCGUCGAGCACGACGGGGCCCUAUCGCGCGGACCACCAGUGGCUUUUGAAAGUCAACUCUGGGACCAUGUCAAAGCCAGGUUCCGUGCCUCAGCGCCACCUCCAAGCCGAGGCGCAGCGCGCGUUCGUCCAGAUCGCGCUGUGGGAAAUGCAUUGCAAGCGCGCGAUGGUGGCGUUUGUGCGUAGGAUGGCCGCGCUAGGUUAUCUGAGCGAGGUGCGCCAUCUGAGGCUGAGCGUGGAUGAGGCCGACGUCGUGGAUGAUCAUGCCUGGAACCUGCAGCGCGAUCUCGUCGUGUUUCCAAACUUGCGCACUGUGACGUUCGCGCCUGGGCAGAAGGGCUGGACGAUCACGAUCCCCGAACAGCUUGGAUCCCCCAAUCUCUGGGACGAGAAUGUCAUGCCGAGGGUGUGGCGUGUUUUGGAGUCCAAGGAGGCGUAUACCGACUUGAGGGAGGCUUUCGCGGCUAAGGCUGUCAGGGCGUAUACGUUGUAUUUCGUGUUUCCUGUUUGUUUUCAUCUGCCGCCACAACCACGGGAAGGAAAUGCCAUUCCUGACGGUGACCCGCCGAGGCCACAACGACAGCAACCCCGGUGGCAGCUGUGCGUUUGGCGCGCGAAUCUGGACGAUGGGUCCAUCGAGCGAGAUUGGCGGGAGAUGCACCUCGCGCAGGAGGCGACGUUGGAUUGA